AAAUAAUUAGCUCUCAAGCAGUUUUGACAUCAUAGGUUUGGCAUAAAAUUGGUUAUAUAUCUACUUUACCGGUUCUGUAUUUCACACUGUGACUGGAUUGAAAACACUCUACAUCUGCUGCCUGAACACACAGCACAAUGGACUGGAGGGUGAUACUGGCUGUUUCGGUUCUGAUUGCCACUGGUACAGCAGAAAAUCUGAAAGAAUUUAACUUGACCUUCAGCAUGAAUGAAACCUUUGUUGAAGCUCUAUCCAACACCAGCUCUCCUGAGUUUAAAAACAAAUCAGCAAGUAUCAUUAACACGAUUGCACCAAUUUACAGAGCAGCCACUGUGAACUUCAUCCAGAUGAUAAUUUGUAGUUUCAGGAACGGUUCUACUGUGACAGACUCCAUUCUUGAAUUUACUAAUAAUGCCACCAUUCCAACUAUCUCCACGAUCAAAGAAAUCCUUGUGAAUGCAACCAACAUCUCAGACUUGAACAUUAUUACAGAGUCUAUAAGUGUCACUGAGACGGCUGCAGCAUCCUCUCCAGCAUCAGACAUCACUACAACCCCAAACACAACUACAACUGAGAGCACAACUACAAGCACAACUACGAGCACUGCUACACCUGAGAGCACAACUACAACCCCAAACCCACCUACACCCGAGAGCACAACUACAACUGAGAGCACAACUACAACCCCAAACACACCUACACCUGAGAGCACAACUACAACCCCAAACACACCUACA